AUGAGUCAGCAGGGUUAUGUUGCCGCACCCCCGUACUCUCAAGCCCAGCCGGGGGUGGGUGGCUACCAAGGCGGAUUUAUACCUGGUCCUACACAGCCCGGCUAUGGACACUAUGGAGCAGCACCGCAGGCGUUCGCGCCGCCUCCUACAGCUGUGCCAAAAUCACCAGUGUCUCCAGCUCCUGGCAUGCCUCCACCUCCUGGAUCUAGUCCGUACAAUCCAAACAACCAGCAAAAUGGAGCUCACCCACAAAGGUACCCGGCUACUUACGGACAAGCUCCGCAGUCUUCGUACAACAGCGUGGUCUCCCGAGGCCCGCCUCCGCCGAUGCAGCUCGCUAACCAGAUGAGCGGCAUGACCUUGGGAAACUACGGUACCGUUCAGAGCCCCCCGUCUGCGACAAGCCCAAUGGCUCAGCAGUCUUUCCGCACACCCCCGCCUUCAGCUGCUGGUCCACUCCACAUGCAGCCCCAGAUGAGCCCACCCGCGGGCAUGUCCUUCCCUGGACCGCCCCCUCCUGCGGGCCCGGGAGGGUUCCAUCAGCCGGCUCCUGGGCCUCCUGGAUACUCACAACAAGCAGGUCAAUUUAUGGGAGGCCAUCUCGCAGGACCCCAGCCAGGGGGCUUCCCUGCAGGAUUGGGCCCACAAGCAGGUCCGCCCCAGAAGAAACUAGAUCUGGACUCCAUCCCCAGCACCACCCAAGUCAUUGAGGACGACCAAGCCAAACACGGGGGACAAGUCUUCAACACCAAUAUCAGAGGACAAGUUCCACCUCUGGUCACCACCAACUUCACCGUGCAAGACCAAGGCCACGCCAGUCCCAGGUUCAUCCGCUGUACCACCUACUCGCUACCAUGUACCGCCGACCUGGCCAAACAGUGCCAGGUGCCUCUGGCGUGCAUUAUCAAACCAUUUGCCCGUUUGCCCAAGAAUGAGGCCCCGUUGUACUUGGUGAACCAUGGCGAAAGCGGUCCCAUCCGUUGCAACCGCUGCAAGGCCUACAUGUGUCCCUACAUGCAGUUCAUUGACGGCGGGCGCCGCUACCAGUGCGCUUUCUGCAACUGCAUCAAUGAAGUGCCCGUCUUCUACUUCCAACAUCUGGAUCACAUGGGCCGGCGGGUGGACUUCUACGAGCGAGCCGAGCUGUCUCUGGGUUCUUACGAGAUGGUGGCCACGCUGGACUACUGCAAGAACAAUAAGCCUCCCAAUCCUCCCGCUUACGUCUUCAUGAUUGACGUGUCUUACAACAACAUUAAAAGCGGACUGGUCAGGCUCAUAUGUGAGGAGCUUAAGACACUUCUGGAUAAGCUGCCAAGGGAGGAGGGCGCCUCGAGCUCGGCCAUCAGGGUGGGCUUUGCCACCUACAACAAGACACUCCAUUUUUACAAUGUCAAGAGCUCCCUGUCGCAGCCGCAGAUGAUGGUGGUGUCCGACAUGGCUGAAAUGUACGUGCCGCUUCCGGACGGCUUCCUGGUUGACUUUCAGGAGUCCAGGGCACUCGUCUGCAACCUCUUGACCCAGAUUCCCGACAUGUUUACGGAUACCAACGAGAGCGAAACGGUCUUCGCGCCUGUCAUCCAGGCUGGCGUGGAGGCAUUCAAGGAAGCGGAAUGCGCCGGCAAACUCUUCAUCUUCCACUCGUCCAUGCCCACGGCGGAAGCUCCUGGCAAGCUGAAGAACAGGGACGAUAAAAAGCUGGUGAACACGGACAAAGAGAAGACUCUGUUCCAGCCGCUCAAAGGCACGUACGAGCAGCUCUCAAAGGACUGCGUGGCUCAAGGCUGCUGCGUGGACCUAUUCCUCUUCCCCAACCAGUAUGUGGACGUGGCCACCUUGGGCGACGUACCGUCGCGCACCGGAGGCUCCGUCUUCAAGUACAACAACUUCCAGGUGGACACGGACAGCGAGCACUUUCUGAGAGACCUGAGGAAGCAAGUCCAGAAGAGCAUUGGGUUUGACGCCAUCAUGCGUGUUCGGACCAGCACGGGUUUCAGAGCCACCGACUUCUUCGGCGCCAUCUACAUGAACAACACCACAGACGUAGAGAUGGCAGCGGUGGACUGCGACAAAGCCGUUACGGUGGAGUUCAAGCACGACGACACGUUAAGCGAAGAGACAGGCGCGUUCAUCCAGUGCGCCCUCCUGUACACCACAAUCGGUGGGCAGCGGCGUCUGCGCAUCCUCAACCUCGGCCUCAGUUGCAGCUCACACCUGGCUGAGCUCUACAAGAGCUGCGAGACCGACUCGCUCAUUAAUUUCUUCGCCAAAUCGGCCUACCGCGCCAUCCUGAACCAACCCCUGAAGAACGUGAGGGACAUUCUGGUCAACCAGACAGCUCACAUGCUUGCAUGCUACAGGAAAAACUGUGCCAGCGCCUCGGUUGCUAGCCAGCUGAUCCUGCCCGAUGUCAUGAAGGUAUUCCCAGUCUACAUGAACAGCCUGAUGAAAACCGCCCCCCUGACCGCCAGCACCGAGCUGUCGACAGACGACCGGGCCCACCAGAGGCUGGCAGUCACGGCCAUGGCAGUAGAGGACACCCAGCUGCUACUCUACCCGCGCCUUAUCCCGCUGCACAACAUGGACGUCAGCGGCGACGCCGCCCCGCCUGCUCCGGUGCGCUGCUCAGAGGAGCGGCUGACGGACAGCGGCGUGUUCCUGCUGGAGAACGGCCACGCCUUGUUUCUGUGGCUGGGUCAAGCGAGCCCACCGGACGUGAUACAGGGGCUUUUUAACGUGCCCUCCCUCGCCCACCUGCAAGCCCACAUGUGCGUGCUCCCUGAGCUGGACAACCCGCUAUCUAAGAAGGUCCGAGCCAUCGUUAAUGACCUUCUGGAAAAGAGGCCCCGAUCCAUGAAGCUUCACAUCGUGAGGCAGAAAGACAAACCUGAGAUGAUGUUCCGCCAAUUCCUGGUUGAAGACAAAGGGCUGCACGGUGGCACCUCCUACAUGGACUUCCUUUGCUACGUUCACCGGGAGAUCAGACAAUUACUCACUUAA